CUCUGUCCUCCUUCUGUUUGUCAUCUUGUGAAACCUGGGAUCUCAUUACGGACUUCCAGACAUCUAGGUCCAGCUCAGGUUUCUGCUGUGGAGCAUCUUUUCUCAAAACCGAGCCAGUACUCAGGGAUCGGCUUGGGCUUGCCAUAACUGACUUUCUCGUUAGAGCUGAAGAUUCGGUUCUUCCCGACAGGAGUCGGUUCUUUUUGUUCGCCACAAAUAAUUGGCUCUUCGAACCGACUCGUUCACGAACAACACAUCACAAUGAGUUUGUUUUUGCCGAAACUAUCGAGUAAAAAGGAGGUCGAUGAAGUGAUCAAAACAGUCGCAGAGAAAGUGCUGGUGUUGCGCUUCGGACGAGAUGAAGACUCCGUGUGCAUGCAACUCGACGAAAUUCUUUCCAAAACCUCCCAUGACCUGAGUAAAAUGACUUCUAUAUAUUUGGUGGAUGUGGAUAAAAUGCCUGUUUAUACCCGCUAUUUCGACAUCAGUUACAUUCCAUCAAUCGUCUUCUUCUUCAAUGGACAGCACAUGAAGGUCGAUUAUGGGUCUCCAGAUCAUACUAAGUUUGUCGGAUGCUUUAAAACGAAGCAGGACUUCAUCGAUCUUAUUGAGGUGAUCUAUCGUGGUGCCAUGAGAGGAAAACUGAUCGUGCGAAGCCCUAUCGAUCCACGAAAUAUUCCUAAAUACGAUCUGCUCUACCAUGGGAUUUAGGUGUGAAAUAAACCUCACACGUGAAGAUUAGUUUUAUGAAAUGUAAGAAAAUAUGGGGAUUUUUUGCUCGUAUUUGUAAAGCAUGACACUUUAGUUGUUUCCUGUGGAAAUGCAUUUUAGAUUUUAGAAAUUUGUAUACUUGUAAAAUUACCAAUAAAAACAAUCGUGUCACGAUGUA